AUGAUGUUGGAUUGGGUAGCUGCUUUUUGUUUAACCGCUAUCCAAACAACCUGCCUGGCAUGGUAGGACCUCAAGAGACAUAAGUCUCAGCCAGUUUAGCUUGAGUAGGUCAUUGCAGUGUUCAAGCCCGACCACCACGUCAAGGUAGCAGCUUUCGGUCGGUAUAUGCUUUGCAUCACCAAAGCCCAGGACACAGUUUUCUGUCCUCACUAACAUUUCUGGGUGAAUCAUAUAUCCUGAUGAAGGUGCGUUGGAUGUAUAGUCAUAUCUUAAUGAUCAAAAAGGCUUACUCUACUUCGGAUACCGGGUAGUUUUUGAUAGUUAGGUUCACGAAGUUCUAUCCGUCCCAUUUAGCGUACACCUGUAAAGCCUUUGGAGUUUGUAGGGGAUAUCUAACUUGAAUAUAUAUGUUACAAACUUCAUUUUAGCGACUAUCACGUCGUUCUAUUUACCGGAAAUACUUUCAGGUAGCGGAAAAUCUAGAUAGCUCGUUAUCAAGCAUAUAAGAGUCAAAACUAGUUUCUCGGCUUUCUUAAUCCAUUUGCUACAAAGUUGUACAACCUAGUUAACAUCGAUCUAUUCUAGUUUCACGAAAAUGUAUACUUGAUCAUUAUAUUUGGUCGAAAAUAACAUUUUAUUUUCCUCGUCUUAGAAAGGAGAACAAAAUAUAGGCUUUUCUUCAGUUGCAUACAGUUUAGAGGGAAAGAGGAGCUUCGAAGUCAGAUGCUCGCAUUUGAUGCCGCAAAUCUGAUUACCAUUUCUUUGACGAAAGUGAUAGGAAAAAACUGAGUUUUUCUGAGUAAUCGCCUCCUUACUGAAUCCGUCAAUUCUCUGAAUCAGUUGGUGAUAUCAUUUUCUAUCUGUCUAUGUUGUGUCAAUAUUAUUUGAAUGUUGUUAAAUAAUGUGCCAAACCGAACCAGUACACCUUCAUGUGAAGCUUUUUAUCCUAUCUAAACUCCGAACACAUGGUAUUUAUCGUGCUUUUCGUAACUUUAUUUCAGACACAUUCACUUCUCGAACAGUGGUUAAAUAUACCAACAAAAAAGCUAUUAUGAUUGACAAAAUAGUCGAUGCGAUUCCUCAACUGACAGACGAUCUUCAUAAAGGUCAGAUGGGGCGAAUCGCCAUUGUCGGUGGAUCAAAAGAAUAUACUGGAGCGCCUUAUUUCUCUGCUAUCAGUGCUCUUCAUUGUGGUGCUGAUUUAGUUCACGUUGUCUGUUCUGCUGCAUCAGCCUCAGUUAUCAAAUCAUAUAGUCCUGAUUUGAUUGUUCAUCCUGUUCUAGAUACAAAUUUAACUGAAGCAACAAAAUGUAUGGAUAAAGUGCAUGCAGUAACGUUUGGACCAGGUCUUGGUUUAACAGAGAACAUUGAGAAUACUAUCAAGUUAAUAGAUUACUGUAAAUCAGCUAAUAAGCCUAUUGUUAUUGAUGCGGAUGCUUUAUACAUUAUAAACCAGAAUCCAUCACUUAUCCAAGGUUAUAAUAAAACUAUUCUAACACCAAAUACUAUUGAAUUUUCGAGAUUAUACUAUUCUGUGUUUGCAUCCAGGCCAAAUAGCAUUAAUGACGCAACAAAAUAUCUUGCUAAUAAACUUGGUGUAACUAUUGUCCAUAAGGGUUCUACGGAUGUUAUAUCUGAUGGCCAGGCGACUGUAUUAUGUACAGAACAAGGAUCACCACGAAGAUGUGGUGGCCAAGGCGAUAUACUUUCUGGUACAAUGUCAGUAUUCAACAAUUGGUUUCAUCAGCUGAAAGAUGGAAACAAAAGUCUAGAGUUGACAACUACGAUAGCAGUUGCCUUGGCGGCUUGUACGCUUACACGAAGGGCUUCACAGCUAGCCUUUAUGAAAUACGGUCGUUCUAUGAUAACCUCCCAGAUGUUACCAGAAAUUCAUACUGCUUUUGAACAAUUAUUUAAUAAAAAAUAA